CAGCUCAAGGCUGCAGAGGGUAGAGGGCAGUCAGAUCAGGACCAUGGAGCUCAGCCUCCUCUUGUUCCUUGCUCUCCUCCUGGGCCUCUUACUUCUGCUUUUCAAGGGCCACCCAAAGGCCCAUGGCAACCUCCCACCUGGCCCACGUCCUCUGCCCUUCCUGGGGAACAUUCUGCAGAUGAACAGAAAAGGCCUGUUCAAAUCCUUCCUGAAGUUCCGAGAGAAAUACGGAGAUGUGUUCACUGUGUACCUGGGGCCGAGGCCCGUGGUCAUGCUGUGUGGGGCAGAGACCAUACGGGAAGCCUUGGUGGACCAAGCUGAUUCUUUCUCUGGCCGGGGGAUAAUUGCUACCGUAGAAUCUACCUUCCAGGGAUAUGGUGUGGUCUUUGCCAAUGGGGACCGCUGGAAGGCCCUUCGGAGAUUCUCUUUGGCCACCAUGAGGGACUUUGGGAUGGGAAAGCGGACUGUGGAAGAGCGGAUUCAGGAGGAGGCUCAGUGUCUGGUGGAGGAGAUGAAGAAAUCCAAGGGAGACCUUCUGGACCCCUUGUUCUUCUUCCAGUGUGCUACUGCCAACAUCAUCUGCUCUAUUGUGUUUGGAGAACGCUUUGGCUACAAAGAUCAGCAGUUCCUGAGGCUGCUGGACCUGUUCUAUCAGUCCUUUGCACUUGGCAGCUCCCUAUCCAGUCAGAUGUUUGAGCUCUUCUACAGUGUCCUGAAAUAUUUUCCUGGCACACACAGUGUAAUCUACAAAAACCUGCAGGAAAUUAACAGCUUCAUUGGCCGCAGUGUGGAGAAACACCGUGAAACCCUGGACCCCAGCAACCCCAGAGAUUUCUUUGAUACCUUCCUGCUCCGCAUGGAUAAACUGAGAGCUGAAAAGUCUAACUCACACACCGAGUUCCACCACAAGAACCUCAUCCUGACCUCGCUUUCCCUCUUCUUUGCUGGCACGGAGACCACCAGCACAACUCUCUGCUAUGGCUUUCUGUUUUUGCUCAAAUACCCCCAUGUCACAGAAAGAGUCCAAAAGGAAAUUGAGCAGCUGAUUGGCUCACACUGCCAGCCAGCCUUGGAUGAUAGAUCCAAAAUGCCAUACACUGAGGCUGUCAUCUGUGAGAUUCAGAGAUUUGCGGACCUGCUCCCCAUUGGUGUGCCCCACAUGGUCACCAAAGACACCCACUUCCGAGGGUUCUUUAUCCCUAAGGACACUGAAGUAUAUCCACUACUGUCCACUGCUCUUCACGAUCCAUGUCACUUUGAAAAGCCAGACUCCUUUAACCCUGACCACUUUCUGGAUGCUAAGGGGACACUGAAGAAGAAUGAAGCUUUUAUUCCUUUCUCCAUGGGGAAGCGUAUCUGUCUUGGAGAAGGUAUUGCCCGUGCAGAAUUGUUUCUCUUCUUCACCACUAUCCUUCAGAACUUCUCCAUAUCGAGUCCAGUGGCUCCGGAGGACAUUGAUUUCACACCCCAGGAAUUUGGUUUUGGCAGAGUGCCCCCAACAUACCAGAUAUCCUUCCUGCCUCGCACAAUAGACUCAAGAGAGAAAUAAAGGACCACAGGGUUAUUCAGUGCCCUGACUCUGUAGAGAAAGGUCCUUCACGUCCUGCACCUGAGAAACCUGUUGUAAACCAGCAUCCUUCCCCUUACCUGACUCCUUGCAAAACUUUUUGUUGUAGGCUUCUUUGCAUACUGUUGCAGUCCUUCUGAUGUUCUGUGUUGUAUUCCUUCCUUAUGUGCAUAGAAGUGCCAACAUUUGGAUUGCAUCAACAAUAAUCACAGCCUUUAUUCAGUGUAUAUAAAGAAGUUAGGAGUUAAAAGAGACAACUUGGUUCAAGAAUAUUCCGAAGUUCUGCUUCCCAGGAUACAGCUCAUGCUGAGUGAGUUUGUCCUUGCCCAGAACAGUCACUCUGCAUUUGUCAACUCCUUUUGCUCCAUGUUUUGUAAUAGAGGUUCUAUGUAGAAAUUCCCCUCUCAUUGGCCCCAGGUGAUGGGUGCAGGGGUCAUGCCCAUGCUAUGGAUGAAUAACAGAGGUCAGGUGAUGACAACAGCUGCCUCAGAUCUUGAUACUAUGAGUGAAACAGCAGAUUCAUACUGUAAAUCUCAAAUGUUUCAUGAUCCUACUCUCAAAUGCUUCAUCUCAGGCAUCAUUAAAAGAGAUGAAAUUCACGUAACAUAAAAUGACACAUUUAAAGCAUACAGUGCAGUGCUGCUACAGAGUUCAUUAUCAAGUUUGUACAUGUAUUGCUAUGUAGUUUCAGUCAUUGUUUGUCACUUUCACCAAAAGCAAUCUACUUAUUAAAUAGCCACUCACUGAUCUCCUAACCCCAGCCCCUGCAAAUAGCAAUCUGAUUUCUGUCUCAAUGGAUUUGCCUUAUGGUCUUUUGGAUAUUUCAUAUAAAUAAAUUUAUUCAAAAUGU